GCUGGAUUUCGCGUGGGUGGCUUCCGAGGCGUCAAGGUGACGCGGCAGACGGAACGGAUUCUGUGAGUUGGAUUCCGUGCGGAGGGCGCUCAACGGCAAUUUAGUGACGUCAUCGCGGCACUUCAGUGACGUCACGGUCCGGGCAUGUCGGCUUCGGCCAGCCCGGCGCGGCUGUCGGCCGCCUUUGACGACGACCUGGCGUUCACGGCCGACAUCAAUGCCCGGAUGCGCGUGCCCAAGCGGAUCCAGGUGACGGGCGAGGGCGACGACCGGUUCCAGCAGCAUGCCGGCCUGCCGAACGGCGCCGGCGCCGCACAGAUGAGCGUGCCAGACCGUAUCGUGGUGCUGGGCGACGACUGGGGGGCGCGCGUGCAGGCGCCGCCGCGCCCGGCGGUGGCCGGCUACCUGAGCGCCGGCGAGGAGCUGGAGCUGCUGCGCCGCCAGCUGCUCAAGGUCAACCGGCGUCUAAUGCAGAUUGAGGUGGAGAACCAGCGCCGGCGCUCACGCGAGGUGAUGCUCUACACGGCCGGUGUCGCCUACUUCGUGAUGAAGGUCGUUCUGUGGAUGGGCCGCUCGCUCUGACCGGCGUCUCGUGCCGCCGGAUGACAGUGGCCAGUGUUUGGGGGCGCGGUGCGUGGUGGCUCUCGCUGUGGGCUUUGGGGAGGACCGGGCGCGUGUAGAGCUGCCGGUGCGCCGUCCUAGUAGUGGCUGGUGGUUGUGUGGAUGCUGGCUUGGGCCGGCGGCCACGGAGCCCCGGUCGCUCUUGUUUUAGUGCGCUGUGCUGGUGAUAGGGACGUUGAGUAGACCCGCUCUCGCACGUGGUUAGUGGUGCCAUUUACUGCACGUAUGGGAGUUGCGAGGACAGGAGUCUGGCUGCGUGAUGACCUGGUGGACCACCCCUCUCCUAGCCACAGGUGGAUGCCCAUUGCCGACCUAGGACGUGCAGAGAUGAAUUAUAUUUGAACGUCCUUUGGAUGUGCAUGGCUCGCUUGAUUUAUCGAUCCCUUCCCCUGGUGAGAGUGCACAUGACUGUUCAGGCCGUGCCGGACGGAUCGUCUGUGGUCUCGGCGUGUUCAGGCCGUACCGGGCGGAUCGUCCGUUGUCUCGGCGUGUUCAGGCCGCACCGGACAGACCAUCCGUGGUCUCGGUGUGUUCAGGCCGCACCGGACGGAUCGUCUGUGGUCCUGGCGUGUCGGACCGAAUGACUGAAUGCGUUGUGGUGCUUGUCCUACCCGACCCGACCCGUGUGGUCCAGCCCGGCUGCCGUAGUGCAGUCGAUCCGUAGUGCAAUGUUUGACGCGGAGGCCGGCGGCCACCUCGCCAGCGUGCGCCGGCCUGGAACACGGCUUCGGCCGCCGCGGGAUGCUCGUGCGCCUCAGCCAGCCGUACCUGGUUUCCGCGUCUGUCCGAUGUCUUCGCACACCCGUCGGGGGAGGCGUUUUAAUGCUGCUUGGAUGUGUGGAGUAGGAAGGGAUGACACUGCACACUGGCUGUAGCAAGGUGGGCCAUAACCCCGGGUCAUUUGUUAGGCGGGCGGGGAUGUCUGUUUACGCCUGUGGGUGCCGUGGGCGGUAUUUUACGCGUCUUUCUUGC